UUGUGGUGCAGUGGCACAGUUCCUUUCAGGAGCUGAAUGGGCUGUCUCAUCGGCAUCGCCGCCAGGCGUCUCGCGUCUGGCUUCCUUCCACUGGGCGGAGUCUGCAGACAGCAGGAAGCGAGUCUCGGCAGCCUUGACAGCCUCGUCCAGGCCGACGGGUCUGGCGGCUCGGACCCACACGGCGACAUGCUCCGGCAACAAUGCGGCGAACUGCUCCACCACCACACACUGCGUCACCUCCCACCCCGAGCGGCUGUGGGGCUUCAGCCAUCCGCUGGCCUCCUGGAGCAGCUCCUGAGCCAGCUCCCGGGGCCCCUGGCCGCCGCCCUGCCGCACGCGGAACCGGACGCGGCAGCUCUCCUCCGCCAGCACAGUCCUGUCCUGCAGCGCGGCCUUCAGGUCCUGGAAGAGAUGCAGUGUGUGCUGGCCAGUGAGUCCGGAGAACGCGUGCCCCUUGCCGAUGGCCGAGCGGUGAUCAUAGGCCGUGGCCCUGAUUCCGGAGUGUCAGACAAGAAGUGCUCCAGACACCAGGUCAAACUGGUGGCCUGUUAUGAAGACAGCACAGUGCAUGUGACACAGCUGGGCCCAAACCCUUCCUCUGUUGGGGGCCAAGUUCUGGGCAGAGGCCAGUCCAGGCAGCUGACCCAGCAGGACACGCUGUACCUGGUGAACCAGAGUCACCCCUUCACAGUGCAGUUUUCCGGGUGUUCCAACGGGACGAGCUCACCCGCCACUCUAAGGGGAGGGGAGACCAAGACCGAGAGAGAGAAGGAGAAAGGCAAGGAGGGGGAGAGGGCUUCUCAGAAGACUGCCCCCAAACGCAGCAUCCUGGACUUCUAUAAAAGUUCUCCCAAGAAGGCAGUGAAGAGGCCACACAGCCAGGAAGAGGACCCCGAUGGGAAACGUGCACGGACAGAGGGUUCCUCCAGCGGGGACGACGAUGCAGAGAGCCUGGUAGAGCAGAAGCUCAAGCGACUGAAGGAGAUGGCAGAGGGAGCCAGCGUCCAGCAGGCAGAAGCGCGGCCUGCCUGUGGGUCCUCCCCUUGCCCCGUGGAUCGCUGGGAGCAGGUGGCCAAGCUGUUGCUCUUCACUGCAGCAGGGGUCACUGCCAGCACGAAGGUCGCGGGAUUCGACAUUGAUGGGUGCAUCAUCACCACAAAGUCAGGCAAAGUGUUCCCCACCAGCCCAGAUGACUGGAGGAUUCUGUAUCCAGAGAUUCAGCCCAAACUGGCUCGCCUUUUAAAGGAAGGAUACAAGGUGGUGUUCUUCACCAACCAGAUGGGCAUCGCUCGAGGAAAACUGAGGCCUGAGGUCUUCAAGUCCAAAGUGGAGGAUGUUCUGACCACACUGAAACUGCCUGUGCAGGUGUUUGUGGCGACCGGGCCUGGUUUGUACAGAAAGCCUGUGGUGGGGAUGUGGGAACAUCUCUGUGAGAAGGCCAAUGAUGGUGUGACCGUGGAUAAAUCCCAGAGUUUCUAUGUGGGAGAUGCAGCCGGGCGUCCGGCAAACUGGGCUCCAGGCAAGAAGAAGAAAGAUUUCUCCUGCAGCGACAGACUAUUUGCUCUGAACAUCGGGCUACCCUUCCACACUCCAGAGGAGUUUUUCCUGGGCUGGAAGAGCGCCCCCUACAGCUUGCCCGUGUUUGACCCUAGGACCGUUGACCCCGCCCCCCGUCUGUACGACCCCGCUGACGCCUCCCUCACAUCCACAAAACAGGAAGUCAUCGUCGCCGUGGGUUUCCCUGCUGCUGGGAAAUCCACCUUUUUCCACAAGCACAUCAUCCCAAAGGACUACGUGUAUGUGAACAGGGACACGCUGGGUACCUGGCAGAAGUGCGUCGCAGCGUGUGAGCGCGCUCUGAAGGAAGGCCACAGCGUUGCCGUUGAUAACACCAACCCUGACCUGGAGUCUCGCGAACGGUAUGUGGAUGUGUGUCAGAAGGCGGGAGUUUCCUGUCGCUGCUUCUUCUUCACUGCCACCCUGGAACAGGCCAAGCACAACAACAGGUUUCGGGAAAUGAUGCCCUCACAGAGCAAACAUGCCCCUGUCAAUGACAUGGUUUUCCACAGCUACAAGAACAAGUUUGUCACACCCAGUGUCUCUGAAGGCUUUUCUGAGGUAUUGAAGAUACACUUUGUCCCCAGCUUUGCAGACAGCCAAUCAGAGGCUCUCUUUAGGCAGUUCUCUGAGGGCUGAUUGGUGGAUAUAAAAAACCUCACCCUAUCCAGCUAAUCGCAUGUAGCACUAGUAGAGCGACACACGCCUCUAGACCAAACAGAAGAGCAUGAGUGCAUACAAACAAAAACAUUUGUAAGCCUAUCCAAACUUCAUGGGAAUUGGCAUAUUCAUUAUUGACUAUAAUGGAGGCCGGCAUACUUUCUAUUAAUCUGUAUUCUUUUAGUUAGAGAUGAGACUUUUUAUGUGAAAAGUCUUCAUAGUGGUUUGUUUACAGAGAAAAGAGAAGUAUAUAAUUCUAAUGUAGUAAUGUACGUAGUAAGUAACAAGUAAGUAGUAAGUCAUGAUGAGAGCAAAUGAUAAUGUGUAAAAAGUAAUUGUUUUGAAUCGAGGUAUGUGUAUAUGAAUCAGUCCAUUUUGUAACAGCCAAAUACAGUUACACUAAUUUUGUGAGGUUAGUCACAAUUAUUUUAUUUUUUUUCUUUAGAAAUGUAUGAACAUGAUAAUAAAUAACAUUACUCAUGAUGA